GAGUGAUUAUCGUGGUAUUCUGUCAAUACCACCUCAUCAAUCUGGAGUUUUUCUUCGCCUUACACCAUCACAGCCAGAAACAAAGGACCAGGACGACUCACCUUCCACUGUCAUGCAAGGGACCAGUUUGGUGAGACUAUGAAUCUUGUCCACCUGACAGCCGACCAGGAUACAUAUUGGUUGCUUUCAUGUCAACUCAGCUCAAAAGGGCACCUCUGUGGUGCUGUGCCUUGCCGGAACUCAUCACUGGGGUUUCACAAGCAGAUGCUUUGUGUAACGCCAGCCUCCGCACUCGAUAUUCUCCGAAUCUGUCUCCCUCCCUUCAGUCGUAAACAUCGGUUCGAUAGGCUGUCACACAUGUAACCAUGAACAACGGCACACUGAGCGAGAAUCCUUCCCGUAAGUAAAGAAAACCGUAAUGAUCGAAGCAUUCGUGAUUAGCGCAGUCACAGGUGCAAGCUUCGUGUGUUGCCUUAUUUGCCUACUUGCUCGUGCUAGCUCAGAUUUAUCUCAAAAUGGUCCAUUGAUAGGAUCAAAGCUCAAACAACGAACGAGUUGGAUCUCCACGUGCGAGUUUAACAGCGUGGGUAGAAACGUUGGACGAUCUCCUUAGGGCAUGCACUAGCUACUCCACGCUGAUGAUCCCAGCAGCCCGGCAUUGUCUUCAGCGACGCUUAUUCGUGGUACGCCCGAACAGAAACAGAACUGAGAGAAGGAAUGCAGUCAUUUUGCAUGCACACGGUCCCGUGAUCGUCGCCAGCAUUGUCUCGUUGAAUUUCUCAACCGCCAACGACAGAGCACAAUCAGGGUAAGAAUGCAUCACCGCCAGGUCGAGUGACAUCAUCAGCCGGCGAGACCGAUAGACUGGAUGAGCGCGUGUGUGCUUGAGCCCCAAAGUCGUCGAUGGGCCAUCAGCCAGUUGCGACGACGGAGGCCUGAACAGCGCGGUUUGAGUCAUCCGUGGCGGCGGCUCAGAGACAUCUAUAGGCGUGCCACGCUGCCGAUAUUCUCCAUAUCCUGCGCUGUCGGCAGCCGUUGUCAGCGCUGUUGUCAUUCUGUUUCGUUGUUCUGCGCGAAUGGAAAUAGAAAUCCAGGGUUCCACAGUGCCUUUUGAUAGCGGGGCGCCAGGGUGCAAGGGACCAGGACCAGGGCCUGAACCGUGGACACACAUCGUGGCCUCGUACGGCUGGGGCAAGGAAAGUUGCCAGAGAGCACGAUGCCACUUUGACUAAAAUGGACAAUCAUUUGGACGUGCGUGCCUUGUUUGGCCGCUAUUGAGCCUUGACCGUUGUUAAUCAGGCCUUGAAGCAUCCAGGGUACAAAAGCCCAUCUAUUGUUCCUGGUGUUCUGCGAUGCAUUGAUGCCAGCGGGCCUCAACUUAAACGGCAUUCAAACCCCACGAAGCCUCGGCGUUUAAUCGUCAAUCAUUGCAGCCCCAGCUCAUGGACUAACGUCAAGCGGCGCCACGAACAGUGAAGUGACCCCCCAAGACCGUAUCUCAUCAGGUGCAGGUGCAGAUGCAGGCGCAGAUGUAGCCUGCAGGCGGUGCGCAAGGGAAACGUCCUAAAGAGACCAAAGGGCCUGGAUCAAUAGCUUGGGUGUCGUGUGACGGUGAGUUGUGAUUCGCUAGAGCCGUCUCGGUGCUUGUUCGCCAUGGUUGCUGCCAGAGACGAUGACUGGCAUUGGCGCUCACUCUAGUCCGGGUCCGGCCCCAUGGGUGGAGGGGUCCUAAAAACCUGUGCGUCACCAUCCCAGAUCAAAUUGGAUCGUCGACUUUUCUAGGCGACACCAAAGGCUCCGGCUUGUACUUUAGACGGUGGGCGAGCACCCACUUCAAUCUGCACCGCCGCUGGCGAACAAAAGACCCUGGACAGUCCGUCUUAAACCUGUGCUUCUCGCGGGGUUUUGUUUCUCUUUGCUUCUUGUCGGUAGACUCCAGCUCACUUGCUAUCCAAUCCAAUCCAAUCCAAUCCGCUUGCUUGCUUGCCCGUACUCUAGUUGUAGAUGGUCUUGUUGCGGUGGAGAUAUCUGCCAACAGGAAUCAUGCCAACAGCGGCUCUUUCGUAACAAGAGGGUUAAGGGAAAGGGGUUACGAGCUUCGUCAUAUCGUCUGUCCAUUUGCUGUCCUAACGUCAGACUCGACUUAUUAUUACUCUUGCGUUCAUCUCUGCAAGCAAACCAUCGUGGUGAUGCUAUCCUGAUAGAGAGCCAAACAAGUCGAGUCAAUGAAGACAAGACAUUGUUGCCAGCCCAGUCUUACAACAUAAACUCCUUACAACAUCUUGUCCAACACACCCCUCCCAUACACCACCCGCCGUUGUCAAUUCUGCAGUCCUUGUCGAAAGAAGCACAGCUCGACACAUACAAUACCCUGCCUUUGCCUUACUACAUACCUACCUUACAUGACGUUGACCCAGCUUCUAUUGCUGUGUAACCCGAGGCAUCACAUCUCAUUUGCAUCAACUGCACUGUCGCUUGUGGUCUCAUGCAUAUGUUCUGCACGUACACAAGGCGACAGAAACAACCGUGUUGCCUCAUUAGACUUUGACCGAGCGGGUUGAAGCAAAACCUAACUUGGUUUAAGGGUUAUAGCUUUGGACGGUGCUUAUCCCAAAUUUGUUUGGUCACGAUCGACUUGACUUGCCAGCCAUCAUUCGUAUCUCAACGACCUCGAGCGUUUGUUCCUGUACCGCUUACAACUGGCAGAAACAAGGUAAACGAGUUCAGAACAGCAAUCACAUAUACGACUCGAAGCAGAAACAUUGAUCCAGACGCAGAUGCAUAUGCAUACGCAUUUGUAGAGCGUGACCAUCUCGAAGGAGAAAAGAAGGCAGAAGCAGGCGAGUCAACGCCGGCGCAGCUGCAACUGCAAGCCCAAGCAAGUGCCUGCAACCCGGCCUCUUUCUUGUUAAGCCAUCACCGAUUCAAGGCUCCUUCUUGUACAUAUUCACACACCCCUCCUCAUAUCCUUCCCUCUCCCCUUAUUCACUAAAUCCAUCUUACUCACAUUUGCUCUGUUUUGCUCCAAUUCACUUCUUGUCGAGUUUCGUCUCGUCCUCUCGGUCUCCAUUUAAAGCCCAGCCCAACCCUCCUCGUUGAUAACGUUCCCCUCCCUUCCCCACCAGCAAACGCGCGACAUCGGUGGCUUGAAGGUACCUUGCAGACUACCUGCACGAUCCCGGUCAUCAAUCAACACCAUGUCAACUCCAUCUCUGUCCGAUGGACAGCUCACGCCGACUGAUACCGAUCCCGACCUUUGUUUCUCUUCAUCAGAAGAUGACCAUGUUUGGCCAACUCCUCAAGAUGUUGUCGAAAUGUCUAUUAUGCUCAAUGGCAGCGCUGUCCCCCUUUCCUGGACUCGGGAAAGUCUCAAAAGACUCCCAAUGGGAACUCGCCCAAUAAAGAUGGUUGGUGAGGGUGCUGCUAAUGUCGUAUUCGAAUUGGGCAUUCCAGAAGGGAACAUGUGGGCAAAUGAUUUCAAAGGUUGGCUUCUUCGUGUUGCCAAAGCUCCUGCGAGUGGUCAGCCAGCCAGGUUCAACUACCUAAAACAGCAAGAAUUCUACGCAAAGCAAAUCACUCCAUUUCUCAAGACACAUGCCAUCCAGCAACGGCUCGUGGUACUUCGUCAUACCAAUAUUAUUCCUCAGCUCAACGCCUUCCUUCGGUCAAUAGAUCAUCAGCGCAAAGAAAAAUUCAGGGGAUCAUUCAUCUCGGAGUCUAACUGGGGCCUUCUGGUGGAAGAUAUGCGAGUAUCUGAACCCAAAAACAGCAUCCUCAUUGAGUUCAAGCCAAAGUGGUUGAAUCAAUCUCCAAGUGCUCCCCAAGGGGCCAUACGAUGUCGGCAAUGCGCCAUGGAACUAUUCAAUUUUCUGCGGGAUCCGAGUCCUUCAAGACAUAGGCCAGAGCAAAAGCCAUGUCCCCUUACACUCGCAAACCCCGAUGCUCCCGCCGAUAUCAGUUCGCCAUUCCGUUUCGCCCCUAAACUUGCUGCACAGGCCAACAAUCCUAUGGUUCGAGAACUCCUUGCAAAGACUGCCGAUCAUCAAGUUAUUCGUGAUCUUCGGUGGCUUCAGAAUCUUUCUGACACCAGGGGACCUCUGCGUGCUGAGAAGGGUGAUCCAAUGUUUAGCUUGGCCAUGACAGUUCGCGAUUGCACAUGUUUCGUCCAGAUGAAUUUGGGUCAUGAUGUGCCUCCCGAACAACGGCUUCGCGUAAGACUUGGUGACUUCGAUCUCAAGGAUACCGACAUAAAGUUCAAACGAUGGACGUCAGCCGAGAAAGAUCUUAUCGAUUCCGGGUGCUACACCGCUGACUGGAUCAUGUGUAACGGGCAAUACUACCACCCUCCUACCAAAUGCCUUCUUGAGUGGACCCGUCGGCGGGAUCGGUUUGUAAAGAUUAUCGGUAUCAAGGACAAAGAUCCUUACCUUCACCCACUCCCCAAUAAAACAGCACAUUUCCCUACGGAAGCCAUGACCAAGCAAGCCCUGGUCUACUGGAUGACAACACAUCCUAUCAAGCUCACGGGACUGCUGGAGCCAGGCAGAAAGGAUAAGCCAAAGGCCGAAGUGUGCCCAUUUCGGAAUGAGCCUCCGUAAGUCUUACACGUCAUAUUUUCAGAUGCCAGCUGGUUCAUCCCUGCUAACACACUGCAGGAAUCUCAUGAAAUGGUUGUCUGAAAGGCCAUAGGCAGACAUCCUUGAGAUCUCACUCGCAAAUCUGCGUACGGAAUCGCAAUUCUCUUUCUAUUUUUGCAUUACAAGGUUGCAUCAGUGCAUCUCAACGACGGCGGGCUCGCAUAGCAUAGCAUGGGUAUGGGCAUGUUUGGUUGCAUCAAUCAGGGGGCGCGGCGUUAGGUUCAAGGUUGUUGUAAGGAAGGGUACUGUUUCCGGUUUGAUAUAUGACGUAUAUUCAUGAUUGGCUGCAUCCGAUACCCAGAUAUAGGAAGGACUACAGUACCUCAAUGUUCGAUAUCCAUCAUUUCUCAAUUGCGGUUCAUAACCCAAACGCCAAACCCCACUUCUAUUGUAAUAUUGUGUAAUCCGUUCUAGACGCCGGCCACGGUGAAACUCAAAAGGCUGCCGAUGGACAACCCAGCCACAAGACACAACCCCAUGAAGCCGCCAGCAGCUUCACGCUCACCUUCAUCCACCCACUCGCCCGAUGCCAUCAUGAAACUAGAACCAAGCCAGCCGUUGGUGAGACCAAAUACCAACUGAACAAUGAAGAGAUAAAAGAAAUCACUCGAAACAAUGGCACCACGUCCGUCAAUAUUACAAAGCAAGUAUAGCGGGAGUAUACCAAAACGGAUAAUAGAGAGAACAAAAAGAGCAAAGGGGCGGUGCCGUAGGGAGAAAGGUAAUAUCGUGGCCACACGACCACCCAAGUCACCCAAAUUCCAAAAGAAGAAUCCAAGAGGAAUAAAGGCGGAAGGCUGGUAGAGAGCACCGGAGUUUUCUUUCACGGAAUGGAUCUUCGCGGUGAAAACGGGCAUGAACAUUGUUGCAAUGAAAGUGAGUGCCACACCAAUGGCAAGCCAGUGAAGUUUAGUGAAGAGCCUCCAAAGGGAUGUGACCUUGCGAGCGGCACGUUCGGCCUCUUCAAUGCUGUGCAUGGACUCAUUCAUUUGCUCAACCAUGCGGUUCUCAAUGAUAUGGUUAUGGCGGCGAACCAAUGGGACGAAGGACAGCAAAGCAGCAACUGACACGACCACGGCGGUGAGGAAAUAGACAAAAGCUGAUGUCUGUCCAUCUUCAGGAGAUGGCUCUUUGAUAGAAGUGUUCUGGUCCUUCUCGGGGGGGAAGACAAGCACGGUAAAAACUUGCGCGACCGGGGGGAGGACACCGGCAAUGCCCUGUCCAGCCAUGAUGGCUUGCAUAUAUUCUGGGCGUCCGAAACUGGCUGCAAAAGCAAAGGCUCCAUUCUGAAUGAGACCAGCUGCCCAGGCAGCAGCAGCGACUGUAGCAAGCAGAAACACGAGAUAUAGAGUCGGCGACGCGCUUAGUCCGAUGACUGUAGAAGCAGUCAGGAGACUGAAAGUGAAAACAUUGAUAACAAGUGCCAGGUUGAUUCGAAAAGGGUACGAUGCUGAGUACUGUAUACUAGUGAGAACAAGCAUCGCGCCGAGGUUGGUAACAGUAGAGACGGUCAAGAUCGCAGACUGAAAGUUAGACUGAAUCCAAGCAUCGCCGGCAAAGCGAGCUGUGAAGUAUGG